UUCAGCAUGAAUGAUCUUUCUGCACAAAAUAUUUCAUUCACAGAGUUUAAGCUGAUUGGUUUCUACAGUCUAGGAAAAUGCAGGCCCUUUUUAUUUAUUCCUUUCUUUCUGAUGUUUUUAUUGGCUAUCACAGCAAAUUCUAUUCUCAUAUAUUUAAUCAAAUCUCAAAAGUCUCUUCAUUCUCCUAUGUAUGUAUUAAUAGGUAUUAUGACAGUUUUAGACUUGAUCUUGCCAAUAUUUUUUGUACCUAACAUGCUUCUUGGCUUUUUAUUCAAUUGGAGUAGUAUAUCUCUAACAGGUUGUUUGAUACAAAUGUUUGGCAUUCAUUUUGUUGGAGCAUUUCAAUCUACUUUGCUUUUGUGGAUGGCACUGGAUCGUUACUUUGCAAUAUGCAAGCCACUUAAUUAUCAUAAAUACAUGGAAAUUGCUAACUUUUCAAAAAUUGUUUUUGUGCCAUUAAUCAGAAAUGGAUUUCUGAUGAUCACUAUGGUCUCUUUAGCAGGAAAACUGUCAUUUUGUAGAAAUAUAAUCGAUCACUGUUUAUGUGAGCACAUGGCAUUGGUUCAGUUAGCCUGUGGAGAUAUAUCUGUUAAUAACAUUGUAGGACUUCUGUCUGCUUUCAUAAUCCCAACUACUGAUUUUAUUAUCAUUACAAUUUCAUAUAUUGUGAUUUUUACCUCUGUGUUUAGAUCUGGUAAGGCUCAUUUAAAGGCCAUAAAUACCUGCAUUACCCACAUUAUUGUUAUGACACUUGGUUUGACUUCUGCCUUGAUUGCAUUUAUGUCCUACAGAAUAAGGAAUAAUGUUUCUUCUAGCAACCGUGUAUUUAUGAGCAUAAUAUACAUUCUGUUUCCGAGUUGUUUUAACCCAAUAAUCUAUGGGUGGAGAACAAAAGAAAUAAAACAAACUUUUCACAAAUUUAUAAAGAAGAGAAAGGUUUUACCUGUUUAA